AUGACUGAGUACAUCUUCUUCACACAAAACAAAAGACACCACCAACCGAUCCUUGCGUCCAACAAGGUCGACGGAUCGUCUCCCAGGUGGUUCGAGAUGGAUACAGCUCAGGGGCUUAACAUACAAAAUAUGGAGUAUUCAUUUGGGCAAUACUACGAGACGAAUUCUCCCCGUAUCCCACUGAGCGAGGUAUCAUCUCGGUCGACACAACCCUACGACCAAGCAGAUUCGUCAUCACAUACGUGUCACUCCGAGAGUGGAAGCGUCUACGAUUCUCCUAUGCCUGCUUCGCCGAUGCCCAACGGAUUACAUCCUAACUUCCAGAGCCCAUCGUCGACGGGCAGCUUUCCCAGUCCGAAACACCAUCAAUUAAGUCCUUCGUCGGCUGCAACGGCAUUAUAUUAUCCGUCUCCCAACCUGGACGUUGACAGAGACACCCCUUCUCCACGGACAUCGUCUGAAGACAGACGGACAAAGUCAUCGUCACAAAAUGGUCGCGACUAUCCCGUCUGCUGCUUAUAUCCAGGUUGCAACGCCAAGCCUUUCAAGCGCAGAGCAGACCUAGAUCGCCACUACAAGCAUCGACAUGCCUCUGAUGCGCAAAAAGUCUCGUUUAACUGUGACUACCCACGGUGCUCUCGGCGUAGGGAUCCCUUCCACAGAUUAGAUCACUUCCGCGACCACCUCCGUGAGUUCCACAAGGAGGACAUCGAGAAGCGCGGCGGCUCCGUCAACGAAGAGUGGCUCGAAGACCGGCGAGUCUCAUCAACAUGGUGGCGAUGCUCCAAAUGCCUCAAGAGAAUCUACAUUGACCAAAACGGCUACGAGUGUCCCAACUGCAAGACUACAUGUCAACCGAAGCGCAAGGAAGCCCGUCGCCGCAGCUGA